AUGAAUGGUGUUUCGAGCCCGACUGAAGCCGGCUAUGGCAGUGCUUUCCCAACAUUUCCGGGCAGGCAGCGGAAGACAGACCUGGGCGAAGAGCAGCAAAUACUGGAUCAGAUGGGCGCAAUGGAUAUUUCCGGGCAAGGCCCCCCGCAGAGGCGUCAAAAUAGCAUGGGCUCUCAGCGCGACUUCGUGCCACCUCCUGGUGACAGAUAUGGCGGCCGUCCGCCGAUGGACGGCCGGGGUCCGCCACAAGGAUACCCACCACAAGGCUAUCCUGAUCAGCGACGGGGCCCGCCCGGCCCGCCCGGCCCAGGAUACCGCCCACCGAUGGGAUAUCAAAAUGACAACUUUGGGCCGCCAGAGAGGAGCAUGACCGCCCCAAUGGGAAAUCCCAUGGGCAUGCGCAACCCUGCACCUCCAGUGCGAAACGACAGCGCAUCAUUUAGCGGCCCACCUGGGCCACCUGGUCCACCUGGUCGUGGUAUGCCUCAACGACCAAAUACCGCACAGGCUAUGCGGCCUCCCCCCCAGAGGAUGUACCCCCCUAACGGGGGACCACCGCUGCCAGAUCAGACUAGGAGUCCUGGCUACGACAACUCCCCAAGCGCCGGUUACGGGGGACAACAGCGACCGGCGUCUUUCGAUGAGUUCUACGACUACUACGACGCGGGAGCUGGCGGGGACUAUGCUGCGCAAAAUCCACCCCAAGCAGUGGCUGGUGAUGGGCCAGACUUCGAUAGGUCUGCGCGGGCUCGGCCACGAAACUCAUUCGACCAGAACAUGGGAGCCGCGCCGCAAGAACGGGCGCAGCGUGGACCGGGGAGAGUGCCCGAAGUCAGCAGGACAAAAUCCCAACCCGACCUAAGACAGCCGCAGGCCGCAAUAUUCGAGAUGGCUGGAGAUAUACCCGCAAUCCCCACCCAAUAUCAACAACCAGGCUAUCAAGGAGGGCAAUCUGAAGGCCAAAGAGCGUAUGACCAGCCAGGCCUCCCUCCUGUCCGAGCUGGUCUGCCCAACAGCCCUGCACCUUUUAGACCGGGCGCACAGCCUCCCCAUCGGUCAAGCUCUGACGGUCUGCCGUUGCAUCCUGCGCCAGUUCGCCCCGGUCUUAUGCCCAACUCCCUCGUCAACUUGAACAGUAAGCCGGCCCCGGUCCGGAACUACAAUCCCGGCAGUUCUGGGCCACCCCCUGGCAGCACAGUCAGUAGCACAGCCCAGGUCACGCCUCCUCCGCCAGCAAGCAUCGGGGCUCCACCUCCAGCGAAACCGGAGGCUCCGCCAGUUACCGUAGAUGAGUUGGAGCGACUACGUGCGAUGGUCAAGGCCGACUCGAGCGACCAAGCUUCGGCACUCCUCUUGGCGAAAAAGCUGGUCGAGGCGUCUGACGUCCUGGCCCCCAACGUACCAGACCCCAAGGCUCGUGCACGCUCGCGCGACCGCUACUUGCUCGACGCGCAGAAAAUCCUCAAGAAGCUCGCCGGCGCAAGCAACCCCGAUGCCAUGUUCUUCAUGGCCGACUGCUUCGGCCGCGGGCUGUUCGGGGCUGAGGCCGACAACAAGGAAGCCUUCCUCCUGUACCAGAGCGCGGCCAAGCUCGGGCACGCCGCGGCCGCGUACCGUACCGCCGUGUGCUGCGAGAUCGGCCACGAGGAAGGCGGCGGCACGCGCAAGGACCCGCUCAAAGCCAUCCAGUGGUACAAGCGGGCGGCGACGCUCGGGGACACGCCGGCCAUGUACAAGGUGGGCAUGAUCCUUAUCAAGGGCCUGCUGGGGCAGCCCAAGAACCCGCGUGAGGCGGUGGGGUGGCUGAAGCGGGCGGCGGAGCGGGCGACGGCCGAGAACCCGCACGCGCUGCACGAGCUGGGCCUGCUGUACGAGAGCGCGGCGCCCAACGACGCCAUCGUGCGCGACGAGUCGUACGCGUUCCAGCUCUUCAAGCAGGCGGCGGACCUGGGGUACAAGUUCAGCCAGUUCCGGCUCGGGUGCGCGUACGAGUACGGCCUCAUGGGCUGCCCCGUGGACCCGCGCCUGUCCAUAAUGUGGUACAGCCGCGCGGCGACGCAGGAGGAGCACCAGAGCGAGCUGUCGCUGUCGGGCUGGUACCUCACCGGCAGUGAGGGCGUGCUGCAGCAGAGCGACACCGAGGCGUACCUGUGGGCCAGGAAGGCGGCCAUGGCUGGCCUCGCUAAGGCCGAGUAUGCCAUGGGGUAUUUCACCGAGGUGGGCAUCGGCGUGCCGGCCAACCUGGAGGAUGCGAAGAGAUGGUACUGGAGAGCUGCAGCCCAGGACUUCCCCAAGGCGCGUGAACGCCUCGAGGACCUGAAGCGGUCAGGCAAGAAUGGCCCCAGGCAAAGAGAGAGGAUAUCGCGGAGUAAGAUCGGGAAGCAACAGGAGGGGGAGUGCUCGGUGAUGUAA